AUUCAAACAGACUUCCAGCAGGUAACGGAGAAUCAGUUUGUUUUAAGUCUUGCCGAGCCGGACAAAGUCCACCACAUCGUAAUAUGUCUUCUUGGUACCGUUCCGUUCCCCGAGGGAAUGGGAGGCGGAGUGUUCUUCUCCUGGCCCGGCCCGCAACCCGCGUGGCAACUCCUGGGACACAUAUCAAAUACGAAACCAAGUGCUAUCUUCAAGAUCUCACAGGUAUGCUGAAAUUAUGUACAACUGUGUUAAUGGAUGAGUACAUGCCUGAGUGUUUUUUCAGGGCUUGUCCUCAAACCCUGGGGCAACUGACUGCUGUAAGUACAGUAUAGGAAUCAGCAUACAAAGGAUUUAAAGUGCCUAUGACACAAAAUUUCACCCCAAAUGUUUAUGACUGCAUUGUAAAGAUCACUUAAAAUGACUUAAUAACUUCGUUUAUAGAAUUUUGGUAACUUGCUUCCUUUGCAAGAUAUUCAACUUUGUUUCAUAUGCAAAUAUCACCGGUGUCGGACAUCACAUCGCAUAAUGACAUUUUGAAAACGCAAUAUUUUACCUUGAUAAAAUAUUUUUACAAACAAAUACAGAGGGUUAAUUACCAGUUAUGAAAUUAAUACAUAUACAAGGGCAAUUUUUAAGUUUUUUAGAUACGUAUUCGUCAAGAAAACUGUACUUUUCUGAAAACUCAUUAUGUGAUGCGAUGUCACACCGGUGAUAUUUGCAUAUGAAACAAAGUUAAAUAUCUUGAAAAGGAGCAAGCUACCAAAAUUCUAUAAAAGAAAAUAUUAAGACAUUUUAAGUGAUCUUUACAAUGCAACUAUAAACCUUUGGGGUAAAAUUUCGUGUCAUAGGCACUUUAAAGGAUGGUAAUAUAGUGUUUUUUUAUACAAAUCAGUUGCAUAAAACGGCUGAAAGCAAUCCGUUUGGAACCAAUUUUUCUACACCCUCUCAAGAAGGAAUGGCGUUGAUUGGAAUUUCUGUUGAACCUUCGAAUGACCUCGCUCAACAAACGCCCGCAUUGAACACCACACCCUCGAAUCUGAAUGCUCAGGUCGAAUUCACAAUGAAGAUGCUGGAACAUUUUGUGAAUUAUGCAUCGUCGUUCGGGCUACAGCAAAGUCAAAUGACUCCAAAUCCGCAAGAGACUUAUGUGCCAAUGAGCGCUGUCCAGAAAUGGUUUGAAAAUUUCCAAAGGAAAAUGACAAACGAUCCUGAUUUUUGGAGAAAGUAA